AUUAGCACUUCACUCAACUUCACAUCGACUCCCAACGACCCCACGAUUAACCCAUCGUCGACAUGGAGCUAGCCUUCAAGCUCCUCUUCCCCCUGGCUACCGCUUUUUACCUCCUACCAAAGCUGAUAGCUUGCCUUAUAAUAGCCCACCAAAACCGUAAAUUCGCCAAAUCCCACAACUGUCUCCCACCCCGCCGCCUCCCCUCCUCCUUCCUGGGCCUGCCAAACUGGGUGCGCUUAAUGCGCGCCGCCAAGCGCGGUGAGGCCCUCGAGCACAUCGCAAACCGCUAUCCAACCUACGGCAAUACAUGGAAAGGCCGUGUCCUGAUCGGCACAACAAUCGGUACCAUCGAGCCAGAGAAUAUAAAAGCCAUCCUCGCCACAAGUUUCAAGGACUUUUCUCUGGGCCCUGAACGUCACGAUAAUUUUUACCCACUGCUUGGAGACGGGAUAUUCACGCUUGAUGGUGCUGGAUGGGAGCAUUCUAGGGCGAAUUUGAGGCCGCAGUUUUCGAGAGAGCAAGUUAGUGAUGUCGAAGCGUUGGAGGUGCACGUACAGCGGUUGAUGGACCGGCUACCAGGGGCGGAUGGUGAAGCCGCGGACUUGCAGCCGUUGUUUUAUUGCCUGACGUUGGACUCCGCGACCGAGUUUUUGCUCGGGGAGAGUGUGGACUCGUUGCUUUCGCCCAAGCUAAUCCCCACCGGGACUAUCAGCAGAGGGAAAGAGGAGAUGUCGUUCGCCCAGGCAUUCAACGUUUCUCAGGGGUAUUUGAUUCAGCGCGCGAGGUUACGGGGGCUGUACUGGAUGGUGAACCCGAAGAAGUUUAGAGAUGCAAAUGCGAUUGUGCAUAGGCUUGUAGAUAGAUACGUCGAUAUGGCGCUGAACCCCGAGAAGCGUACGAGGAAGGUUUCUGAGAACAAGUAUGUUUUUCUAGAUGCUAUUGCUGCUGAAACCAAGGAUCCGAAGUACCUUCGCGAUCAGAUCUUGAAUAUCCUUCUUGCUGGACGGGAUACAACUGCUGGCCUCCUCGGCUUCACAUUCUGGCUCCUAGCCCGCCACCCCCACAUCUACCAGAAGCUCCGCGAAAAGAUCCUCGAGGCAUUCGGCACCGGCGGCGAUGGCGAGGGAAAGCGUCCAUCCUUCUCCGCCCUUAAAGACGUUACAUACCUCCGUUACGUACUCAACGAAACCCUCCGCCUGUACCCCUCUGUCCCACUGAAUGGGCGCACCGCCGUGCGCAACACCGUCCUCCCGCGCGGCGGUGGGGAGGACGGGUUAUCGCCCGUGUUCAUACCCAAAGGACAGAGGGUAGACUAUACUUGUUAUGGACUGCAUAGGAGAAAGGACCUGUACGGCGAGGAUGCGGACGCAUUUCGGCCCGAGAGGUGGGGAGAGGGAGUCGGGAGAGGGUGGGACUUCCUGCCGUUCAACGGGGGGCCGAGGAUUUGUCUUGGGCAGCAAUACGCCCUGACCGAAGCCUCUUACACAGUUACCAGGAUUUUGCAAAAGUAUGCAAGGAUUGAAGUUGCUGAUACGUAUACGGGCCCGAUGAUGGACCUGACGUUGACGAUAGCUCCUAAAGAGGUGCUUUUGAGACUUUGGAAGGCGUGACCCACCAUCCAUCUCACGCAUUUCUUCUCGUUUCCUCCACUUUAAUCCCCCUUAUUUGUUUUAUUCCCCCUUAUUUGUUUUAUUCCCCUUCCCCUUCUUUCUCUUUCCGUGUAGGUACCGGUAUUGCGUAUCGGGCGGGGGUUUGUAGGCCUCUUUUUUUUCUUUUCUUUUUUUCCCCCCAAUGGUCAGGACCUGGCCGGAAGGGAGCUGUAACUUGCCUUGGUCACGAUUAUGCGAUUAUUUUUCUUUUCGUUCACCGCGUGAUGUUCUGGCCAGGUGUUGAGCAUGAGUAAGGAGUAGGUUGAAUCGCGAGGAAUAGAGGGUUGUUGGAUUAUCACCGGUAAUUUACAAGUAGUAGGACCAGCACGGGCUUGAUUCACCCGGGUCGCUUUCCGGUGUGUGCUCCGAGACAGUAUGAUACUAUAUAAUACUGGUACAGUACAGUACUCGGGUAUGGACGUGGGUGACCGGACUGACAGGGAUUAAGAAAUCUAUGUAUCGAGCACUAUCGCUAAGGGAUCCUGCUUGAUUGCUAGAUGUAGAGAAAAACCGCUCACCCUGGUAUUCGUAUCCCACCGAAUGUCAUUUACAAAGGCUCUACUGUAUGUACCUACUAUACAGUAUAGAUACAUACAUAUGGAAUGAAAACGAAAACUCUGGGAGAAAACACUGAAGUGCGGCCAUAAACGUCAUUACACACGAAAAA